AUGGAUUACUUCAUCAAAUGGACGGAAGUUGAGGCAUUGGCUAAUAUUCGAGACGUAGAAGUUAAGAAGUUUCUGUGGAGAAAUAUAGUCAUGAGAUUUGGGGUGUCGGACUCUCUCGUAUUUGAUAAUGGGCCGCAGUUCAAUAGUAAAGCCUUCUGCGAGUUUUGCAGUGAUUUUGGCAUCAAGAACAAAUACUCCACCCCGGCCUACCCUCAGAGCAACGGCCAAGCUGAAGCCAUCAACAAAACGAUUAUGAAUGGAUUAAACUUCAACAAAAUGAUUAUGAAUGGAUUAAAGAAAAGAUUGGAAGGAACAAAGGGCAAGUGGGCUGAGGAGCUGCCAAUUGUUCUAUGGGCAUACCAAACAACCCUUAUAAGGUCCACAGGAGAAACUCCAUUCUUCCUAACUUACGGGGUGGAGGCUGUUAUACCAGCGGAGAUAAACCUAUGUAGCGCACAGGUUAUAGGGUUUGCCCCUACCCGGCGGUAUAACCGAGAUGCGAUUUCAUGA